AUGGUCCCAACGACUCCGCCGGCUGGAAGCCAGCUGAUUCCCGUGACAGAACCCAUGGUAAGCGUCGACACAGGACACAGAACUUUUAUGGAUGCCAGACAUUAUCUGAUCAAGCAAGACGACGCACAUAACCCAGCCCGACAAGCGGAACGCCGUUUAGAAAGUCAGAGCAGAGCAGCCGCCAUUGCGGGCUUGGGUAUAGCAAAACACAUGGAUUUCUUCGGAAUGUAUAAGCAAAACAUAUCGUGGAAUUUUGAACCAGCAAAGCUUGCGUCCUCGGAGCAGGUUGCCACAACCUUGUUUAGGACUUCAAGCAAUUUUGACGUAUUUGAUGAGGAUGCAAUUCCUGCAACCAGCCAGGAAACUUUCGCUGAUGCGUCAACUGCCUCGGAAGAGACACGACCAGUAACUAUGCAGCCCCAAGAGAAGUUCCUGUGGAUUCUCGACACUGGCCCCGCUGCUGGUUGGUUCCGAGCGAGCUGA